UCGUUAAUGGAAAGAGGAAAGGAGAAAAGGGUUUCCAACAAAUUGCCUCCAACUCUCCACCAUUCUAAAGAACCCACCUUCCUUAUCAACCAAGCUGUUCUAUCUAGUCGCACCUAUUGUAGCCUUUUGCCAGAAACAGAGCAUGUCAGUCCUGGUGAAAAAAUAAAUACAAACCCUCAUAAAAGUAGACCUGGAACUGUGAUACUCUCAAAACGGUCCAGUAAGAGAAGUAUGUCAGAAAGCCAGCCCAGCCCACCUGUGAUCCCAUCCCGCAGGCCUGGAUUCCGGAUAUGCUACAUCUGUGGCCGAGAAUUUGGGUCCCAGUCACUUGCCAUUCAUGAGCCCCAGUGCUUGGAGAAGUGGCGUAUUGAAAACAGCAAGUUGCCCAAGCACCUGAGGCGGCCAGAGCCCUCCAAACCACAGCCUCUUGGUGGCAGUGGGUCCUCCAGUCUUCAGGCAGCGAAUGAGGCUGCAUUCCAGAGUUCUCAGGCUCAGCUGCUGCCCUGUGAAUCUUGUGGCCGCACAUUCUUGCCAGAUCGUCUUCUUGUUCACCAGAGAAGCUGCAAGCCGAAGGGUGAGAGGCCCAGAGCACCAAAUCCCAACAGUUCUGAUGAUCUUACUGGUCUUAAGAAAGCUUCUGGUGGUGUCCCAGUGCGACCAAGGACUCUCAUCUGCUACAUUUGCAGUAGGGAAUUUGGCACCCUCUCCCUUCCUAUUCAUGAGCCCAAAUGCCUGGAAAAAUGGAAAAUAAAAAAUGACCAGCUCCCCAAAGAGCUCCGCCAGCCACUCCCACAGAAGCCUCAGUCUCUUCCAGCUGUGCAGUCCAACCAAGAGGGGCCAAGUCAAGCUCAGCUUGUGCCCUGCCCAAACUGUAACCUGACUUUUGCCCCCGACCACCUUCUGAUACACCAGAGAAGUUGUAAACCACAACCAAAUAGGCCACAAGUUCAUCAUUUGACUUUAGGGAGUAAAGGUGGCCUGAAAGAGUCCACCGAUUCCAAGCAGCAAAGGAACGAUGCAGUGCCCACUGUGACUGAUAAGCCAACAAUGAUUAGGCGUCCACCAACAAUUGUUUGCUACAUUUGUGGCCGUGAAUAUGGAACAAAAUCUAUUUCCAUCCAUGAGCCACAAUGUCUGAAAAAAUGGCACAAUGAAAACAACUUGUUGCCUAAAGAGUUAAGGAGACCAGAACCUAAAAAACCCGAAGUCAGAACCAUUAGUGCCAAGGGUUUCUAUGAUCUCGAUGCCUUAAAUGAAGCUGCUUGGAAAAGUGCCCAGAGCCAGUUGGUUCCCUGCAAUAUUUGUGGGCGUACCUUCCUGCCAGACAGACUGAUUGUUCACCAACGAUCCUGUAAACCAAAAGUCGCCAAGUAAAGCCCUUCUCCCUAUAGAAGUGUUGCAGGAAUUAAAUCCUUUUGAUAGAGAUCAGGGUAUGGUGGGAAGGAGAACAAGUUGGUGACAAGAGGAAGCAAGUAAAACUGGAAUGGACCAAAGGCUAUCUAGCACGGGGAGCAAAGUGCUUGGGUGGCAUGGGAGUGACCACUGCAUAGUGGGAAAAUGUUCUGCUUUUAACAAGCAGAGCAUGUGUGAGGACACACUGGGAGCCACACAUGCCACACUUUUGUCGGGCAAAAUUACAAGUGAGCUGCCAUUCCCCAGAGCUGGUAUUUUCAUCUCAAGGAAAUUUCAGAGCCGACUGUUGCCAUUUUUCUUCCAUUUUAUUUUCCUGAACGAGAUUUUGAACCUCACAAUCAGAGGUUCAAAACAGAAGUUUUGGGUGGCGAUUUCAGGCAACUCCUUAGUCCCAAGAAAAACUGGAUUCUUUCCCAUCCUUGUGCUUAUUGAAAUAACAGGCCACUCCCUACUUCCUCUAAUCCAGGGAAGUGUUUUAAAUUGAGCUAUUGAUUUGGAAUCUUCUUUUCUUUAUAAGACCAUUCAACAGGAGAGACAUUCAAAAGAGAGGUGAGGACUUAAAGGACUAGAACCAUAUCUAACUCAUAUUCCCUUCCUAAUAGUGAAAAAUUCAACAGAGAAACUUCAGAACCAGUGCCAGCCUCACAUAUCAGGAGAACGCGGCAUCGCGAUUCAUCAAAGGGUGGAGGCCCCUUCCUUCUAUAGGGGAAGUCCAGCGCGCACUCUCUGUGCCCUCGCAGGACCUCAUAGGUGUUUUAUUGUUGAGGUCCAAAAGCCUGCCAGGAAGCUGUCUCCCCCCACCCAAGGUCCAUGCACAGUAAGUGGGCUGUGAAACUGCUCUGUGUUUCAGAGUCCUUGAAUGUGCAUUCAUAGAGGCAGGCUCUCCUGGGAGGAGGCCAGAGCCAGGGAGGUGCUCUGCCCAGAAAAUCCUGCUCCCCCAGGCAGCACUGCUUUGUCUGGACUCCCAGAAGUUUUGCUUGAGAUCUUUGUUCAUUUUAUGGCUGAAUUUCAGGGCCAUUCUGGAUUCACUGGGUUCUUGCAAGCUUGCAUUCAUGACUGUACACAGCACAGUUAGCUUCAAAUUAUACCAAAAAAAAAAAAAAAGUAUUCAAGCUAAUAUUUUGGUUAUACAUCUUGGUAUUAAAAAGGAUAGGUUAGGAUAAUGGUGCGGAUCAUUCAGUUUUUUCUGUUCAUUCCAAAAGAAGCAAGAGAUGAACUUUUAAAAAAGUGUUUAGGUGCCCUCCAGUAAUAUUAUUGGCCUGUGAAAGACAUAGUAUUUAAUGACACAUAAUGAAUAAUUUAGUUUUCUUAACAAAAUGAAAACAUCUAAUAUAUAGUAAUUUUACUGUGACUUGGGUACUGUGCAUGGUGCUUCCUAUACAUCAGUUUAUAUAAAUCUCACAUCAACCCUAUAAGUACAUGUGAUUAUCCUUAUAUUACACAUGAGGAAACUGAUAUUUAGACUAAAUAGUAACUCAAGGUCACACUUGAGCUAAAAGAUAGAGUAGGGGAGUGAACUCAGAACUGUUGGGAAUUCUAAACCUAUAAGCUUAUCCAUUGCCAUUUGUAUGCUUGAUAUCAUCAUUAAUUACACUAGCUAUACCAACACAAAUGAUCUGACAAAUGCGAAAAGUUUUGUAUAACGUUUAGUAACUAAGGUAAACUAAGGUACAUGUAUACUAUGUGCCUGCUGGUUUGGGUUUAUCUUAAACUGAGGUAAAAACUAACAUUCGAAUUGCAUGGUAUUUCAAAAGACACUUCUGCAUUCUGCUAAUGUUCAAAGUCAAAUAGUGUGGAAAUAAAGAAAAAGUUCUGGCCUCAACUUUGAAAUGAGUGGCCACUUGGGGCCAUAAAAGAAAAUCUUGGGCACUUCGCUUUCAAAGCAUGAAAAAAUAAAACCGAACUACUUUAUCUGUAGGAAUUAUUAAGUCUGUGAGCUCUUGAAGUAGUUGAAAAAGACAAACUUUUAUAGGAAUCUUCACUUCCACGGGGAACUGUGAGCCAAUUGAGGUCCAUUGAAAGGCUGACUGUUGGGAUUCUACUUCCAGCCUCACCUCAGCCAGCCUGCAAAUGUUCCCUGGAAUUAAAUCCAGAGCAGCCUCAAUUGAAAUGACAUUGAUCGAAGAGUUCCCACCAUUAUCAAGGCAAGUCAUCAGAGCCUCGCCAUUAACAGGAAAGAGCUCACCUGCUCUCUGCCAACUGCCCUCCCCUCAAUUAGUUUACAUCUGUGCAGAUCUUUGUACUCUCAAAAGAAAAUAAUUUCUUUAACAAUGGUUGGCACCUCCAUGAGCUAUGACUUUGAACCUUGAAAUGGUUCCCAUAGAUACUCUUCUAGAUGAUGAAGAGCAGAUACUAGAUGAAGUUACUUGGAACUCUUACAUUCACCCAGGCGGUUAUUGAUCUGCGAUGUAAUGUUGUUAUAGGCAUCGGCAACAGUGUAAUCCCCUCACUGCUCUGUUAACUGGUGCUGCACAAGCUUUAAUUGAAUUCCCCUCUAGCCGAGGUUCUGAAAAGAAUUUCAGAACUUCUCAAUGCUUGUUUGCACCUUGAAUUCGCAUCAAAGAUGCAGAACAUGACCUAUCAGUAGGGAACACUGGGGACGGAGGAACAUGUCCUGGGAAGGGGAGUGUAAAGAAAGAAUUCCCUACUGUGAGCAAGCGUAGAACUCUGUUAGGGUUCCAUAUGGGAGGCCUUUGGGCAGCCUCCCUACCAAGCAGCCUUGCAGCACUUCCAAGUGGGGUCCAGAACUUCCAAGAAUGACUUUCAGAUGACACUGCUUCAGCCUGGGGAAUAUUAGCCUGAGCCCUUCAAGGAAGAAGCAGCGGCGACCGUCAAGCAGACCCGUUUGCGAAGAGGAAAGAGAUAGAGGGCAGAUGUGCAAAGUCCUCUACCCACUGAAAACCUGAAAACAGCCCUGAUCCUUCUGUACUUGUCUGCUUCUGACAUUAGUAGCAUUUUUAUUUUUAUGCCCGUUUAAACCAACAACUCGUAUGGCUUUAAUCCUGUAUCAGGUCAGGGCAGGAAGUUCAGCCCUUUCCUUUCCCAGUCCUGAGGGGUCCAUUCCCUCCUCUGGCGAUAGUCCACCUCCUUUUAUCAUUUAUUACUUUCCUACUGACUCACUGUCUGGCCCACAUGAACUGCUGCGCCUGUUUCUGCUGGCCCUGCCUCCUCUCUGUGAGCGCUGUGACCAGAAAUGAAAAAGGAGAUUUUCCUAUACUUGGAAGAAACAGCACAAAUGAGAAGCAGUCAAGUUUCCAGUGGGGGCCAAAUUGGGUGUUGAAGAGAAGAUGUACACCAGAAAAAAUACUGCUAAGUUAUCAUAGGAUGUACACCUUUAUGCUUAGUUCUUUUGCAAUUUUAUUAUUAAAAAAAGUUCAAAUAGAUACAUGCAUAGGGAAAACUAUAAUGAAGUGUUAUGUUCUCUAUACCCAGCAAACUUAGUUCUCGAUAUUCCACCAAGGUUGAAUUUGAAUGGUUUAAAUUUCAAAUACUACUCCUUUGGGUAUAAGAGGAAGAUGGAGGUGGCAGAGAGAGGUGCUGGGAGCGCAAGAUUCCAGAGUGUCUCCGAUAAUGCCUUUUAAUUCUAUUACUAGAAACUCAAGUUUAAGCCAGCAUGCAUAUAAACCACAGCAAGUGUGAUAAAAAAAAAAAAAAAAAAAAUGAAACCUGACCUAGGCGUCA